AUGUCGAGAAUCGCAGUUGUCUGGUCAGGUUUAAACGACGAUGACGAGGAAGCGCAAUCCUGGUACGAAAACAGGCAUGUGCCUGCUACUAUUGCGAAGAUUGAAUCUUCAGCGCGCACCGCAGAGCAAACUCCCGAGAAUCCGUUCCAAGAAGUGAAAGAGGUCAACGGCAAGCACAUGACCAUUUACGACUUGCCUGAGGAAGAGUCGAUAGAAGAUUUCGAGGCGAAGAUUGGCCCGACGUUGGGCGACGUUCCAGUCGGCGCACGCUUGAACACUCGAUCUUACAAAGAAUAUUUCAAGAUUCACGGCGACGAAUGGAGAGACGACCCUCGCGAUGUUCGAAUGUGGGCCAUAGUCCUUUGGCAGCCGAAACCAGAAGUUUACGACGAAUUCAUAGAAUGGUUCAUAGACCACUUCAUCCCCGGAAUGCUCGACAGCCCCGAAUUACUGCGCACGCGCGUAUUUACACUCGAGCAUGCAACGAAUGUCCGAGCGCAAAAGUACGAACCAGUAGACAAAGACUCUCUCCUGAGAUUUUUGACCAUCUGGGAGUUUGACAGUGAAGAAUUCCCAUGGGAAAUCCUGGUUUAUCUCGGCAGUUCAGAGAAGUGGCGAUAUUACAUGGAAGGCGGGCUGGUGGAUUGGGAGAUUGCGCAAUACAUGGUAAAGAACAACUAUCCUGGAACGGAAGAAGAAAAAGAUUCUGCGAUAGCGAGCCCAGGAGUGCCCUGCCCGUAG